AUGGCUUUUUCUGCAACGCUGACACCAGCUCAUUCCGUGUCAUUAAAUUCAACUUUUAUUGUCUAUGAAAAUGCCCAUGCCAAUAUUUCCACUCCAUUGAUCUUGGUCCAUAAGGGCACAGCACAGCUACUGAAAUACCAUUUGGGUGCCAUGGUUACUACUGAGGCGACUCCUUUGACAGUCAAUAGUACACCUGCCCUCCUGUUACAAGGCUUCACAAGCUUGAGUCUGCCGCUCCAGAUCAUUCUUUCUGCUGCCAUGAUAUUUAUUCUCCUAGUUUCUUUCGUUGGUAACCUUGUUGUCUGCCUUAUGGUCUAUCAGAAGACUGCAAUGCGAUCUGCAAUUAACAUUCUUCUAGCUAGCUUGGCUUUUGCAGACAUGCUGCUAGCUGUGCUGAACAUGCCUUUUGCUCUGAUAACCAUCAUCACCACUCAGUGGGUUUUUGGGGAUGUCUUCUGCAGAGUCUCUGCCAUGUUCUUCUGGCUGUUUGUCAUCGAAGGAGUUGCCAUACUACUCAUCAUCAGCAUUGACAGGUUCCUUAUAAUAGUUCAAAGGCAGGACAAGCUGAACCCUUACCGAGCAAAAGUCCUCAUCGCUGCUUCAUGGGUCACAGCCUUUGUUGUGGCUUUUCCACUCUCUGUGGGGAACCCCAGCCUACAGAUACCUUCAAAAGCACCUCAGUGUGUAUUUGGCUACACUACAAACUCUGGUUACCGCGCCUAUGUAGUAGUGGUGGUUUUGGUCUCCUUUUUCAUUCCAUUCCUCGUAAUGUUAUAUUCUUUUAUGGGCAUCCUCAAUACUGUACGGCACAAUGCAGUUCGUAUCCAUAGUCACCCAGAUAGCAUAUGCCUCAGUCAAGCCAGCAAACUUGGUCUCUUGAGCCUCCAGAGACCCUUUCAAAUGAAUAUUGAUAUGAGCUUUAAAACUCGUGCCUUCACCACCAUACUGAUUUUGUUUAUUGUCUUCAUAAUUUGCUGGGCCCCCUUCACCACCUACAGCCUUAUUGCCACAUUUAACAGCCACUUUUAUCACAAGCACAACUUUUUUGAGAUAAGCACCUGGCUCCUUUGGCUCUGCUACCUCAAGUCUGCUCUGAACCCGCUCAUCUACUACUGGAGAAUCAAGAAGUUUCAUGAUGCGUGCUUAGACUUAGUGCCCAAGUACUUCAAGUUUUUGCCACAGUUACCUGGUCACGCUAGAAGACGUAUCCGGCCUAGUGCUGUUUAUGUGUGCGGGGAGCACCGGUCAGUAGUGUAA